AUGGUGCAAAUUAAAGGUGACGAGAAGGAGAGGAUAAAAGUGCUAGAGCGGGAUGCUGAGACUGCUUAUUUAUAUUUAGUUUCAGAUGAGCAAUCAUCUACGUUUAGAGAUGGAGAGAUAAUAGACGAAUAUAGAGGGGCUACACUGGAAGAUCCAGCUGUGGCAUCGACAUUGAAAAGGGAAACUAAGCCAUGGGUACAUUUUGUAGCUGGAGGUAUAGGAGGUACAGUAGGGGCAGUUGUUACAUGUCCUUUAGACGUUGUUAAAACCAGAUUACAAUCGGACGUAUAUUACCAGGUGUAUAACAAGACUCUAAAAUCGGGAAACCCCGUAAGGCAAGCAUUUCAACACUUGGCAGAGACAGGAGGAGCUAUAAGAGAAAUGUAUCUCAAUGAAGGAGUGCGGUCUUUAUUCAAAGGAUUGGGACCGAACUUGGUGGGUGUCAUACCUGCAAGAUCUAUAAAUUUCUUCACAUAUGGCCUUACAAAAGAUUUCUUGGUACGAAAUUUUGGACACGGAUCAGAGAAGAAAGAAAAAGAAGAAGAAACAUGGAUGCAUUUGACUGCGGGGAUAAGUGCCGGUUUUGUAACAUCAACUGCGACAAACCCCAUUUGGCUACUCAAGACAAGGCUACAAUUGGACAAAACAGGACUGCGGAUAUAUAAAAACUCGUGGGAUUGUUUGAAGCAUGUUGUCAAAAACGAAGGAUUUUUCAGCUUAUAUCGAGGUUUGAGUGCUUCUUAUUUGGGAGGGAUUGAAAGCACGAUUCAAUGGGUGCUAUACGAACAAAUGAGAAUGUUUAUUAAUAAGAGAUCUUUACAGAUACAUGGAUCUAAUCCAAAAAAUAAAACCACAAAGGAUUAUGUAAUGGAGUGGUCGGCGAGGUCUGGUGCUGCAGGUUUAGCCAAGUUCAUGGCCAGUUUAAUAACUUAUCCACAUGAGGUUGUCAGAACUAGAUUGAGACAAGCACCAUUGGAAAGCACGGGAAAACUAAAGUAUACAGGUUUGAUACAGUGCUUCAAAUUAGUUUUUAAAGAAGAAGGAUUUGCAAGUAUGUACGGUGGUUUGACACCUCAUUUAUUGAGAACGGUUCCCAACUCUAUUAUAAUGUUUGGAACAUGGGAACUUGUGGUUAGAUUAUUGUCUUGA